AUCCUUGUAAACAAAACGCAUGACCUGGCUAUCAGCGGCAUUAAUGCAUAUGGCAUGUGAAUGUCACAAUAUUUCAAGCGGUGUACAAUGUAUUCAGUCAUUCGCACUAUUGUAAACUAUUAGCCAUCGUUCCUGUACACCUAAAACCACGGACUUACCCAACACUAUCCUCACGCAUUUCACGCGUGCAAGUAUGCAUUUUGAUUACGAGGACAACUUUCUGGUUGGGACUGUACAGAAAAAGACAAGGAUCCUCUGUUGAGCGAUCUCUCUCUGCGAGCGAAUAUACUACCCCAACAGCGAGAGUAAGCGGUUCAGUAUAUCUCUAUUUCAGUGGUUCUAACGCACGUCAUUGCUACAUUUUCAAAGCACUAAUGAUCAGAUUUGGACGUGUUACUUACAAUGGAUGGAAUAGAUUCCACCUGCGGCAGUUUACAACUAAAUCAUCACACGAUACCGACAACUUCACUUUGGUUGUAGACAAUAAGUCCAUCGAACAACUGGAAAGGUUAUCUUUGGUAAACUUCGGCAGCGCGGAAGGUAUCGCCAGACUAGAAUCCGCAAUUACUUUUGCUAAGCAACUGUGGUUGGUAGAACUCAACGCCGACAUCCAGCCAAUGUAUACCGUGCUCGAAAAUCAAAAACUUAAACUUAGAGACGAUCAAGUUUUCGAUGGUGGUUACACCAAAAAGGUGUUGAAGAACGCCGCUUUAACAGAGGAAGAUUACUUUAUAGCUCCACCGGGCAACGUUCCCGUUAAUCUCACUACCAACAAAUACUAG